GAGGAGGAAGAAAGGAGCUCCGUGGUCGUGAAGUGCACCAGGGGGACGAGACGGCUGCGGGCUAGUGGUUGUGUUUUUAUUAUUCUCGUUCCUACUCGGCCCGUUUCCGCCUCCUGAUCCUGGAGAGAGGGUGGUCGGUCAAAAUGGAGGCGGACAGAUCCGGCGGAGGAGCAAACCCGAACUCCGGCGGCGGCAGCGGCGGCGGAGCGGGGCGCAACCCGAACGGGCCCAAAGCAGCACCGGGCCCGGGGAGCUCAGCACCGGGGGCGGGGGCGAUGGCGGCGGCGGCAGCAGCCAUGUCCGGGUCGUCCCAGGCUCGGGAGCUGCAGGACGGGGACUCGGGCAUGACGCUUCCCGGGAUCCUGCACUUCAUCCAGUACGAGUGGGGACGCUUCCAGGCCGAGAAAUACCGCUGGGAGGCGGAGAGGGACGAACUCAGGGCUCAGGUGGCAUUCCUACAGGGUGAGAGGAAAGGGCAGGAGAACAUGAAGCAAGACCUGGUGAGGCGGAUCAAAAUGUUAGAGUAUGCCCUAAAACAAGAAAGGGCAAAGCACCAGAAGCUGAAGACAGGAAAUGACCAGAGUCCAGGAGAGAAGAAACCAGAGACAGAAGCAGACCAGCUUCCCAAUGGGCCGGCUGAGUCAGACGCUGAGCCAGGCAAUCAGAUGUCCUGGAAGGAGGGACGUCAGCUACUACGCAAAUACCUUGAGGAGGUGGGUUAUUCAGACACUAUCCUGGACAUGCGGUCUAAGCGUGUGCGCUCCCUGCUCGGGCGAAGCAGCCCAGAGGCUAACGGACCCCCGGCCAUUGAAACCUGCGCUGAGCCUGAGCCCCGGACAAGUGGGGAGUCGUUGCUGGUCAGGCAGAUCGAGGAACAAAUCAAGAGGAAUGCGGGCAAGGAAACCUCUCAGGAACAUCUGGGUGGCUCGGUGCUGGAUAAGAUCCCCUUCCUGCAUGGCUGCGAGGAUGAUGACGAAGACGACAGCGACGAGGAAGACGACUUCCAAGGCAUGGCCACUGACUGCAUCGAUGGACCGCGCAAAAACAAAAAGUCACGUGUAAAGAUGAGUACAGAGCCCAUGACCACAGACCUGGACCCGGAGGACGAGGAGGACGAAGACGACUCGGAAGACGCCCUCGGAGAGUUCGACUUCCUGGGCUCGGGGGAGGAGGGGGAGGGGGCGGGCGAGGCCCGGAUCUCGGGGGACGGACGGGAGUUGGGUUCAGAGAACCGCAGGAACAAGUUACAAGGCAUGAUGUCGGACUUCCCCCCUAAACCCACCCCGCCCCCCUCUGUAUCGGGACAGGCUCGCCCUGGAGAAGGUGGCGCCCUGGGUUUUUCCUCUGACGUUUUCAUCAUGGAUGCUGUCGGGGGAGGAGACAUGAACCUUGGUGAACUGGCUGAUCUCACUGUUGCCAAUGACAACGAUCUCUCCAUGGAUAUGCAGGACAACAGAGAGGAGUUCAAGAAGACAUGGAACCCUCGGUUCACACUACGCAGCCACUUUGACGCCAUCCGCGCUUUGACCUUUCACCCCAGCCAGGCGGUGCUGCUCACUGCCUCCGAGGACGGAACACUAAAACUGUGGAACCUCAACAAGGCCAUGCACUCUAAAAAAAACGCGGCUUUAGAUGUUGAACCCAUCUAUACAUUCAGAGCGCACAGUGGAGCAGUUUUGUCACUGACCAUGGGUGAGGAUGGGGAAUCCUGCUACAGCGGAGGUCUGGAUGGAACCGUCAGGUGUUGGAAGAUGCCCGACCUCAAUGUGGAUCCUUAUGAUAACUAUGAUCCUGGCAUCGAGAGCAGUGUGUUAGCCGGUCAUGAAGACAGCGUGUGGGGUCUGACCUACUCAGCGGCUCUCCAUCGUCUUGCCUCCUGCUCGGCCGAUGGCACCAUUCGCAUCUGGGACCCUCAGAACUCGACUCCCUGCCUGUCUGUCUUCAACAAGGAAAGAGAGCACGGAACACCAACCUCAGUGGCCUUCGUGGUUACUGACCCCAACCAGGUGGUGGCAUCAUUCGACGGUGGGGAGACGAUGCUCUACGACCUCAACACGGAGCAGAGCAUCUCCUCUCUAGAGACACAGACCAAGGAUGGCAGCAAACUGAUCAACCGAGUGGUCAGUCACCCGUCUGAGCCCGUCUCCAUCACCGCACACGAGAACCGAACCAUCCGCUUCCUAGACAAUAAGUCAGGUAAAGUUGUCCACUCGAUGGUGGCUCACCUGGAUGCCGUCACCUGUCUCACUACGGACCCUAAAGGCACUUACCUCAUCUCUGGCAGCCACGACUGCUCGGUGCGCCUGUGGAUGCUGGACAACAGGACGUGCGUGCAGGAGAUCACCGCCCACAGGAAGAAGCACGACGAGGCCAUUCACGACGUGGCCUUCCACUCUUCCCAGCCGUUCAUCGCCAGCGCCGGCGCGGAUGCACUUGCCAAGAUCUUUGUCUGACAGCACUGCCGUCAUUGGCAGAGGUAUUCAAAAAAAAAAGAGUCCUACAACUACAACGGGGCCAAACCAGACUGAAGACUACAGUGGACAAAAUUCACCUGCUUACACACGCACGCACGCACACUUGUCCUGCCCCCCCACCGGCUGGGUCACUGACACAGGACGCCACCUCCCCCCGAUUCCUCACUGUCCUCUGAUGCCUCAGUGACUUCUUGUAAUACUAAUCACACUUCUUUUUUAUAACUUUAACUGCUCCGUUUUCAAAUAAUCCCGUCUGGAGUGACACUUUUCUACACUACAGUAUUAAGCUCUUCUUUCUUUUGUUUUGCAGUUUGCCAGUGGUUAUUGCAAAGCACUGUGUGUGUGAGUGUGUGAGCGUGGGUCUGUGUGCUUGAACUGCUGAUACAUUUCAUAGAGAAUCACAGAGGAACACACCUGCAUUGCACAACACUACACAACGCACGAAUGCAACGUUGCAUUUCAUUUCAAACUUCUUUUUUUUUUGCUGAAAUGUUGGUUUAGUCUAACACACAAUCUGUUCGCAGGCUUGGUUUAAAAAAAGUGACUGUUCCCAAUGUUGGCAGAAAACAUCCAACUAACGUCUGCACUGGGAAUCCAAUGUAAUACAUUCCAAAGACUCCAGGAGAAGUGUGUGUGUUUGUG